UACACACACACACACACGACGGAUUAGAAUAAUAAUUAGAAUUUAUCAUGACAGCGAAAGCUGUCAACGUGAGGUUCAUCCACGACACAUCGUCUCUCGCAAAGAGAGUAUUAUACAGCGUAGAUUCCAUUCUGCGCGCUUCGUUUAAAUGUUUUUAUACAGAUCCGUUAAACGCUGUCUGAGUGAAAGGAAUACAAAGUAUCGCGAAAAGAGGGUUGCCGUAUGAGAAUAUCAGCUGAGAAUCGGCAAGGAUGCGAAAAGUAUAAAAGUUAAGAGGUAAGAAGAAUUGGAUCAUCAUGUUGAUAUCUUAAAAACACUCUUCUGACUCUAAUGGAGGAAUCCGCUCGUGUCGGCUGGGUCAUUCCGCGGCGAUGCGGCGGAUUCCAAGAAUAACGGAACGAGAAACUUAUUAAGGUGGUGGGCUGCGCCUCGGAAAGUCUCUACAACGUUAGCGAGUUUCGUUCAGGAAUCGCGAUGUGACUGAUCGACACUGACUGAAAAUGCCUUGCGGCUCAAUGGCAUCAAUGUAUCACGUCCAUCAUUCUUUAACGGACGUCUGUGAAAAGCUAAUACGACUGUUAGCUGAAACUAGGUGCGACUUAUUCGGAGUUAGAAUUUACAGUUUAAUGAACAUUGGAUACACAACAUGGAACUAAGAAAGCGACCAAACGAUCUUUUUAUUCGCAUCUUUGGAUGACUAUGAAGUGUAGUUUUAUAGAUUAGAAUUGUCGUAUUUCGAGAUACUUGUGAUAGUUCGAGAACUUAAGAGGCCGACACAGAAUCGGCAUGAGCAACAGCGAAAGCGUAGUGACGGGCCCAGAUUCCGGUAACGAUCGUUUGUGCGAGGACGUCGACAUGGCUACUCCGACGUCAGCAUCUUCGAAUUUAAAGCCACGAAGCGGCAAGAUCAGCUUCAGCGUCGAUGCCCUGCUAAGUGGCACGAAGAAGAGUGCCAUCGGCGGUGGCACUUUCGCGACAAGGCGAGAUAACGAUGACAGAAUGGAUACCGAAAAAAAUAUUGAGAUAGAAGCAAGGUAUCGAGAACUCCUAAUAGAACAGCAGAGACUUCAGAGUAGAGAAUUACUCGCUAGAUUGAGUCCUCACGGUCUCGCCGGCUUCGGCAAUCAUCACCAUCAUCAUCAUCCGAACAGACUCGAGCAAGAUCACCCGCCCGCUCGACAAGAGAUGCUUACAGUGAAAGAUUUCUCUAGGACGAGUCACGACAAGUCGUCCUCGCCUAUCAGAAUAGACCAGGAGAUCCCGAGAGAUCGACUGAUGGCCAAUUCGCCGAGUGGGAUCAGUGAGACGAUGCUCCAACGAGAACAAGAGCAUAUUCAGGAAGAAGACGAAAGGAUCGAUAGGAUUACUAAUCCGAGAUCUGUAUCGCCCGCGAGCAGACGAGAGAUUCUCGACGAUCGUAGUGAUUCUGAAGCGAAUCGCUCGUUAGAAGGAGACCGUACGACGGAUCAUUUAGAUCUUGAAGACCAUGAGAUAAGAAGCGUCGGUCAGUCCGAGGAUCUAAAUGUGAUGGACUCGGAUUGCGAAUUGGAGAGGGACCUGGAAACUAGCCAGGAGAAGGAAGAGAAGUCUAGCCCGGUAGUGCCUCAGCCGAUUCAUCCCGGAGUGCAAAGGCCUUCGCAGGGCCCGCCGUAUCUCGCUGGAGCACCCGGCGCUCCCGGUUGGAACCCCGCGGGAUUUCCGCAUUCUCUGGCGGGGUUCGCGUGGCUGCCCCCACCCCCGCAUCCGCACAAUCCUCAUGGACAUCUUUACACACCACAUGGUGGACCUACUAGCCCGAACGGAGACUUAAGAUUACCGGGACCCGGACCAGGCCCGGUUAGGUGCACUCUCAGAAAGCACAAACCGAACCGGAAGCCGAGAACGCCGUUCACGACGCAGCAGCUGUUAUCGCUUGAAAAAAAAUUUCGCGAAAAACAGUACCUAACGAUAGCCGAAAGAGCGGAGUUCUCGUCGUCUCUUCAUCUCACAGAAACGCAGGUGAAGAUCUGGUUUCAAAACCGAAGAGCCAAGGCGAAGCGGCUUCAAGAAGCGGAAAUAGAGAAGCUAAGACUAUCCGCGAGGCCUCUGCUGCACCCCAGUUUCGGAUCGGGGCUGAUGUUCUCUGGGGUAGGUCCGCCUGGUACCCCAGGAGUACCUCCCUUCAUUGCAGCUGCCAUGGCUAGGCACACCCAUGCUGCAGCAGCGGCGGCCAUGUUCAUGGGGCCGCCUGGGCACCGACCUUAAUAAUGAUAUUCCAAGAUAUAAUACGCGUGUAAUUCGAAAUCAUUCUUAAUGUCAUCGUCUGAA